AUGGGGUCUGUUUCUAACCAGCAGUUUGCAGGUGGCUGCGCUAAGGCGGGCGAGGAAGAGCCCAGCGGGGAUUCGCCCAGGCCGGACGAGGAAACCCAGCCGCUCUUGCAUGGCGCCGGGAUCUGUAAAUGGUUCAACGUGAGGAUGGGCUUCGGGUUCCUCUCUAUGACCACCAAGGAGGGUAUCGCCCUCGAGUCCCCCGUGGACGUUUUCGUGCAUCAGAGCAAGCUCCACAUGGAAGGUUUCCGCAGCUUGAAGGAAGGAGAAGCUGUUGAAUUCACUUUCAAGAAAUCCUCCAAGGGUUUAGAGUCCAUCCGAGUCACGGGACCUGGAGGAGUUUUCUGCAUUGGCAGUGAGAGGAGACCAAAGGGAAAAAACCUUCAGAAACGCAGAUCAAAAGGAGAUCGAUGCUACAACUGUGGUGGCCUGGAUCAUCAUGCCAAAGAAUGCAAGCUCCCUCCACAGCCUAAGAAAUGCCACUUCUGCCAAAGCAUUGCCCAUAUGGUGGCCAACUGCCCGAUCAAAACGCAGCAGUCACCCAGUUCUCAGGGAAAGCCCACGUACUUCCGGGAGGAGGAAGAAAUGCACAGCUCACCCUUUCUUCCUGAAACCAGGGAAUGA